AUGGACUCUGCUAUUACUUUUGCUUUAUCUUCAUCUGGUGUCUCGUUGCAUAUGCAUCUUAUAUCAUUGUGUCCUUGCUGUAUUAACCUUGUAUCCUAUCUGAUGCGUUGUAUCCGAGUCGUGGAGCGCGAGUCCAGACGUCCACUACUGACGCAAGGAACAAGUGCAUGA